UGUGGCCCCAGACGUGCCACCUGUCAGUGCUCGUCAGUGCCACAUCAGUGCAUACCAUCAGUGCCACCUAUCAGUGCUGCCAGUCAGUGCCACCUAUCAGUGCUGCCAGUCAGUGCUGCCUUUCAGUGCCCAUCAGUGAUGCCUGUCAAUGCCCAUCAGUGCAACCUACCAGUACCUCCUCAUCAGUGUCCAUCAGUACAGCCUAUCAGUGCCCAUCACUGCAGCCUCAUUAGCACACAUCAAUGAAGGAGAAAAAUCACUUAUUUACAAAAUUGUAUAA